AAAAUUAGUUCUUAACUUCUAAGAGAAAAUAUGGUUAAAAAAAAAAAAGAAAAGGUGAGUCUUUAGGGAGAAAUUGACGAGAGUGAACCUCCCCCUAAAUUGCAUGUAAGAAGAUGAGAGCGUGAUAGAAUUUAUAGACGGCAUAAAGUUGUGAAUAAUUGAUAUAUUUAUCGCAAGUAAGCAUCAACUGCCACGUGUCCCUUUGGCACUCCUCUGAUCUUCUGUUCUGUUAUAGUGUGCCUUCUGGCACACUCAAAUCAACAUUCUCUCUUCAUUCUUCCACUUAUUUUCUUUCAAAUAAUUAACCAAUGUCAAAUGCAAAAUUAUUCCUUCUUUCUCUCUUCUUCCUCUCUCUUUCACUACACUUGCCUCUCUCCGCGCCGUCACCUUCUCCUUCUCCUUCUCCGAACCUUGCCCCGGCCAGUCCGGCCUCCUCUCCGGCGCCUUCGCCGGCGCAGUCUCCGGAGGACAGUAGCUCAGACGGCGAGGAUAGAGCGGAGAAUUCAUGGAGAGGAGGAUUGAGCCGUAGCAAGAAGGCAGGGAUAGCAAUGGGAGUAAUCGUGGCGGCGUGCGUGGGGAUAUCGGCAGGGAUGGUGUACAAGAAGCGGAAGCAGCAUUUAAGGCGCUCUAGGUAUGCAUUGGGUGCAAGGGGAGAAUUCCUGUAAACUAAACCAUAUAUGCUCGCUCUUCCUCUAUAGGUUUGUUUUCCUUCCAUCAUUCUUCAUUCUUUUCGCUUUUCAUUUCUCCCCUCCCCAUUCCCUUUCUAUCACCAUCAUUUCGCCUAUUUUGCUUCUUCUAAAACCGAUUCUCAUAUAUCUAUUUUUUUAAUAUUUUCCAACGUUAAUCAUUUUAUACUAAUAGAAAUAUGGCCAUUUGGUUGAAAUAGACAGAGAGAAAAACGUUAAAACUACGUCCAUAAAUAGAGCUUUGGCAUUGGCAUUGGCAUUGGCAUUGGACACGAAUUACACCCUUAUACUAUUUGUAAAUUUCCGCCCUAAAAUAAAAAAAAU